UUUCAUCUUGUAGGUUUAUUAUGAUGGAAACUUGCCCCGCUGGGACGAUUUUUAUGGCUACGUGAAAGACUUUUUUUACGAAGUGUUUCACGAGAUGGUUUCAGCUGAAACCGGGAUGUUCAUGUACAAUGACUCCAAGACACUGGCAUGGUUCCCAUCCAAGGCAGCACCAGAGGACCAGAGGUACCUACACUUUGGGGUUCUGUGUGGAUUGGCCUUGUACAACCAGUGUAUCAUUCACUUACCAUUCCCACUGGCUCUGUUCAAGAAGCUGCUGGGUGUGAAGCCUUCACUGGGGGAUAUGAUGGAAUUCAGCCCCUUUGUUGGAAAGGGUCUGAAGAACAUUCUGGAAGACUACACAGAUGAUGAAAUAGGAAUCCUCGACUUGGAUUUCUCAAUCAACUGGGAUGGAACAAACGUUGACCUUGAUCCUCAAAAUCCUGAGAAGCCUUUGACUGGUCAAAAUAGGUACAGUAAGAUU